AUGACUGAGGUCGUGGAGCUGGAGAGGGGCGCCCCGCGUCCUCGGAGCCCGUCCGGGGGCCCAGCGCUUCAGGCGGAUAGGCAGGGCGAGACGGAGACCGCCGGCCCUAAGGCUCAGCGAGAGGAGGCGAGAGAGGGCCCAGCGGAGGCGCCGCGGGGCGACGGGGCGGGCGCAGCCGCGACGGCCGCGGGGCCCGAAGGAGAAGGCUCGGGGCCGGCCGGAGGGCGAGCGGGCGGGCUGGAGCCGGGCGCCGGCGGAGGCCCAGGAGCCGACACCCGGGGCGCGAGCGGGGCGCAGGGCCAGGACGAGGCAGGGGACGACGCUCGCAAGGUAGAGGGGCCGACGAGCGGCGCGGGGCCGGAGGAGGAGGCUAGCCCCGGGCCCGGCGCGCAGGGCGAGGAGCCGGGGGAGGCUCAAGCGGGGAGCGGGCACCCCGCGGCCCUGAACGCGGCGGAAGAGGCGGGGAGCGGGCCGGGGGAGCCGGCUGGCAGCGCUCCUGGGGCGUCCAGGGCGCGCGUGGACGCCCCCGAGUCGGUGGGGAACAGCGUGGUAGCCGAGGAGUCGGUGGGGUCCCGCGUGGGCGCCCCGGAGUCGGUGGGGAACAGCGUGGUAGCCGAGGAGUCGGUGGGGGCCCGCGUGGGCGCCCCGGAGUCGGUGGGGGAAAGCGUGGUAGCCGAGGGGUCGGUGGGGGCCCGCGUGGACGCCGAGGGGCCGGGGGGGGAGAGCCUGGGAGCCGAGGAAUCGGUGGCAGAUAAUACAGAUGUCGCGGUGCCGACGGCAGGAGCGCAGGGCGCCGAGGGUGAGCCCCGCGACGGAGGGGACCGCAGCCCCCAGUCCCAGGCGGAGGCGAUUGAGGCCCCAGCGGCGGAGAGCGCGGGGUGCACCCCCGGGGAGCUUGCGGGGGAGCCUCGGGGCGCAGCGGAGGAGACGGGCGACCCCGAGGGAGGUCAGUCGGGGGAAGCGGCCCCUGGGGACUCUUGGGCAGAGGCCGGCGAGGACGUGGACCAGAGUGGGCCCCCGGGGCAGGCAGAGGAGGCCGAAGAGGAGAGGCCGGAGGGGGGUCCCCAGGGGCCAGGCGAGGAGGCCACGGCCGGGGGGGAGGAGGAGCCCCGCGAAGGCACCGCUGAUGACGAGGCGACCCGGCCGUUGGAGGUCGGGGAGCCCCAGGCCGAGCUGAGCAGCUACGUGGCGGACGCGCGCAGCGCUGAACGCGGCGGCGGGACAGUGCCCGAGAACGGCGGCCAGGAGGACGGCGAGGCGUCCGAGGAGGGGGCCCCGGGGCAGGACCACGACAUCACGCUCUUCGUGAAGGCAGGCUGUGAUGGUGAGAGUAUUGGAAAUUGCCCAUUUUCUCAGCGGCUCUUUAUGAUUCUCUGGCUAAAGGGCGUUAUAUUUAAUGUGACAACAGUGGACUUGAAAAGGAAACCCAUGGACCUGCAGAACUUGGCUCCUGGCACCAACCCACCUUUCAUGACUUUUGAUGGUGAAGUCAAGACAGACGUGAAUAAGAUCGAGGAGUUCUUAGAGGAGAAACUGGCUCCCCCAAGGUACCCUAAGCUGGGAACCCAACACCCUGAAUCUAACUCUGCCGGAAAUGAUGUGUUUGCCAAGUUCUCAGCAUUUAUAAAAAACACCAAGAAGGAUGCAAAUGAGAUUUAUGAAAGGAACUUGUUAAAGGCCCUGAAGAAGCUGGAUAGUUAUCUGAACAGCCCCCUGCCUGAUGAGAUAGAUGCCUACAGCCCCGAGGAAGCUGCUGUUUCUGGAAGGAAGUUCCUGGAUGGCAAUGAGCUCACGCUGGCUGACUGCAACCUCUUACCCAAGCUCCACAUUAUUAAGAUCGUGGCCAAGAGAUACAGAGAUUUUGAAUUUCCUUCUGAAAUGACUGGCAUCUGGAGGUACUUGAACAAUGCGUAUGCUCGGGAUGAAUUCACAAACACAUGUCCUGCCGACCAGGAGAUUGAACACGCAUAUUCAGAUGUUGCCAAAAGAAUGAAGUGA